AUGGAUUUUAAGAAAAACAAUGAGAGUGAUACAUCUACAAAAAGAAAAAAGGAAACUAAUUCACUGUAUACGACCGGAUCGCCCGUUGAUUUAAAAUCAAAAUAUAUGAAAGAACUUUUCACGGAGGAUUAUAGAUUGAAUCCGAACGACGGACCGAAUUCAAAAGAUUUAUUUUCCCGAUUGGGUGUUGUUGAUAAAUAUUGGUUGACAUUCGUUGAUGUCAAAGUUGCAUUUAUCGAUAGAAAUGGAAAUUAUUUCUUAUCGAAAAAUACAUCGAACGCACAGGGUCAACUGAAUUUUAGGACCGCAUUCGAAAAGGCGACGGAAGAACAUCAAAAAACAUUGAAUAGUAUUGUGGAAGAAGAAGUUCCGAAUGGUGAGAACAUCGAUGCUAUUUCAGACGAUGUACGUGACGAAAUACAUCGUGAAAAUAUCGAUGAUGAUAUUGAAUUUAACGAUCGGGUUCUACAACUCCAUCGUGACGGAAAAUGUACCGAACAAGAAACAAGGGAACUUAUUGGAAUUACCGUACCCAAAGGAGAACCCGAAGAAAAAUAA